AUGACGUCAUUGCUGACGUCAGGUUGCGUCAUCCUGUCUGCCUCGUGCACGAACAUCUCGUCCGGAUUUUCGGAGCUCGUGCACAAAUUUGGAGGUGCUAACUACGAUAAAGCCGUGUACUUCCACCCGAACGUGAAUAAAAUCGGACAAGAUGCGUGGAGAAUCGACAGCGCCGAUAUCAAAACCUAUCUCAAGCCCCUGGGUGCAUGCGGCUCCAGCUGGGCGUUCAGCACAACCGGCUCCACCGAAGGCCAGCACUUCAAGAAGACUGGCAACCUUGUAUCGCUGUCCGAGCAGAACCUGAUUGACUUCAACCAAAAGGAGGCUGAUCGUGGCUGUGGCGGAGGUUUCAUGGACCAUGGCUUCAAGUACAUCAUCGAGAACCACGGCAUUGACACGGAGAGCUACCCUUACACGGCCAAGGCCGGUACAUGCCGCUUCAAGGAGUCGCACGUCGGCGCCACCCUCACCAGCUACAAGGACAUGCUGCCGCGCAAGUCCGAGAGCGCCCUGCAGGAGGCUGUUGCCUCGGUUGGCCCAGUGUCGAUUGCCAUCGACGCCUCAUCGACGUAUUUCCGCUACUACAAUCACGGAGUCCUGAUCGACAACAAGUGCACCAACGCUUACCCGAAUCACGCUGCCCUGGUUGUCGGCUACGGUGUUGAGGAAGAGCAGGACUACUGGCUGGUCAAGAACACCUGGGGUACCAGCUGGGGAGACAAGGGAUACAUCAGGACGGCACGUAACCAUGACAACAUGUGCGGGAUCGCCACGGACGCCAGCUAUCCGAUCGCCUAAGCACACAUCGCCGGGACAGCGCCGUCAAAGAAAAAGCGCUCGCACACGCCUUUGUCGUGUGAUGUUGUAACUUAUCUACCAUCAGUAUAGCUGAUUGCCACCGCCACAGCUGCUGCUGCUGCUGCUGCUUGUGUGGCGCAAUCUUCCUUACACUAUCAGCCCGGAUCAUCCAUUCGCGCUAUGAUCCAAGCUUGCAGCCUAUAUCAAUCCUAUCUUCUGAAAAUUGUGGUCAGCUUGCUGUCUGAUGAUCGGUUAAAACAGUGAAACUCAGAGUUACAGAAGAAACGCUUCUCAUCC